AUGGCUGCUCCCAAGAAGACGAUGAGAGCUCUGCAGUACGACAAGUAUGGUGGAGGAGCAGAAGGUCUAAAGCAUGUGGAUGUGCCGGUCCCAUCCCCGAACAAGGGGGAGGUGCUGCUCAAGCUGGAGGCGGCUAGCAUCAACCCCAUCGACUGGAAAAUUCAGAAGGGCAUGGUCCGCCCCUUCCUGCCUAGGAAGUUCCCGUUCAUACCAGUUGGAGACAUGUCCGGCGAAGUCGUAGAGCUAGGCAGCGGUGUGACCAACUUCAAACCAGGUGACAAGGUCAUCUCCAUCAGCUUCGCGACUGGAGGCGGGCUAGCUGAGUACGCGGUGGCGCCGGCGUCGCUUACAGUGGCACGGCCACCGGAGGUGUCCGCGGCGGAAGGCGCCUCUCUGCCCACGGCGGCGUCCACCGCGCUCCAGCAGCUCAAGGCCGCGGGGGUCAGCAGCUUCGACGGCGGCUCCGGCUCCGUCGCCGACAAUAACGGCCCCAAGAACGUGCUGGUCACCGCGGCCUCCGGCGGCGUCGGCCACUACGCCGUGCAGCUGGCCAAGCUGGCGGGGCUCCACGUCACGGCCACCUGCGGCGCGCGCAACCUGGGCUUCGUCGCGGGCCUGGGCGCCGACGAGGUGCUGGACUACAAGACCCCCGAGGGCGCCACGCUGCGGAGCCCGUCCGGCACCAAGUACGACGCGGUGGUGCACUGCGCGACGGGCACCCCGUGGUCGGUGUUCGCGCCGGUUCUGGCCGACAGGGCCACGGUCGUCGACGUCACCCCGGGGAUCGCCGCGGCGGCCAAGUCGUUCCUGCAGAAGGUGACCUUCGCCAAGAAGAGGCUGGUGCCGCUGGUCCUGAUCCCCAAGAAGGAGGAGAUGGAGUGGCUGGUGGACAUGACGAGGCAAGGGAAGCUCAAGACGGUGAUCGACUCCAGGUACCCGUUGAGCAGAGCGCAGGAGGCGUGGGCGAAGAGCAUGGAAGGGCAUGCCACCGGCAAGAUCGUUGUGGAAAUGGGCGGUGCAGAGUGA